GAAAAUGAACGAACUGAGAUGCUGGAACAGUUCCGAGGUCUCAGUGUGGAAGCAACACUUUUGGAAAGUAAUAAUCACAGUCUUGAAUCGGAAGCAGCAGAAAACAAACAUCAGUUGCAUGUUGCAGAGGAGCGAAUUACAGAUUUGGAACAACAAUUGGAAACACGAGAUAGUUUAGUUCAGUCUUAUGAGAAUCAGAUUGCAGAACUUAGUGGCAGUAUUGCAAGUUUGGAAACUCAACUUCAACAAUUCAUGGAUAACAGGCAGAAGACAGACGCAGACCUGGAUGCAUUGCGUGAUUUGUGUGUUAAGUUAGAUAGCCAAAAGGAAUUAUUACAACAAGAGUUAAACAAACAGGAUGUUGUUAAAAUACAGUGGGAAAGUGAUAUGUCUCGCCUGCAAGAUGAACAGGAACUGUUGCAAGAACAGCUCUCUAAAGAUCGUGCUAAUAUAGCGUCUCUGGAAAAUAUGCUAGCCUCUUCUCGACAAGAGACUGCUGAGCAGAGGCAUCAAAAUGAGCAAUUGAAAGCAGAUGUGGAACGCCUGCAAUUGAGAGUUGAUACCCUACAAUCUAAAUUAGAUGCAGAGACUGAAGAACUACACAGGUAUCAAUAUCAAGCAAAUGAAUACUCCAAACAAAUAAAAGAUUUGCAAAGACAGAUUACAAAUGAGAGGUUUGAACGAGCUAGAACUACUGAAGAAACGCGAAGUUACAGUACAACACUAUGAAGUGGCUUCCAUCAGUUUAUGGCUGCUGAAAGGAUACAGUUCCAAACUCAAAAUAUUUUAUCUAUUCAACAUCUAAGCAAAAUUUUUUUGCUCAGAGGACAAAGUGAAGAGAGGCAGAUGGAAUCGCUUCAAGAAAGUGCAAGAGCUGAUCAAACACAAACUGUAUUCAUGUAAAAUAGCUAGUCAGUUGUCAUCACUACAGAAAAGCAUCUGAACGAAAGUGUGGGUUCCUAUAGUCAGAUCAUAUAGAUAGAACUAUUUUGUGUCUGAAGAAUGGUCAAAGUGAAAAACACAUUGCAUCUGAAGAGAUAGGAGAGAAGAAUGGUUGAAUGCUAUCACUGCAAGACAAAAGGAAGGCUUAAUAGCAAUGACAUUCUAACAAGAAAAUCAAAUGCUAGUGAAGUAUUGAACAG